CUUUUCCUGUAAUUUUAUCGUCAUGUCAGAUAGCCAACCAUUGGAGACCUCAUCUAGAAUUUACCAGUAUUCUAUAAUCAGUGCAUUUAUGGACGGGCAGACUUUGCAUGGCAUACCACUAAAAGACCUCGGCAAGCAUGGUGAUUUUGGUCUUGGAUCGUUUCAACUUGCAGACGGUGAGAUGAUUCUCGUAGACGGAACGGCUUAUCGUAUGAGUUACGAUGGCAGCAUUACAGUGGCGGAGCCAAGCACCUGUUUGCCGUACGCUAUGGUCACAUUCUACACACCAACCGUCACAGUCGCUGUAGCUGGCAUGCUCAAACCCAACUUCCAGAAGCACAUAGAAGAUAUCACUCCCACCGCAAAAAACUACUUUCUUGCCAUUCGCUUCGACGGCGUGUUCAAGAAGAUGAGAUUUAGAAUAGCGAAGGGGCAAGACGUACCUGGUGCAAAUGUGAUGAAAACCAUAACGAAGACUCAAAGGGUCAUCGAUAUGGAAGACGUGGAAGGCACUAUGAUAGGGUUUAGAUCGCCAGGAUGCUAUCAAGGGAUCACGGUUGCUGGAUAUCAUCUACACUUUAUUAAAAAGGACCGAACUACCGGCGGUCAUUGUCUUGACUUUGAGAUACAAAAAGGUAUCACGGGAAUCUCGAUCAUCCGACAAAUUGAUAUUGAGCUGCCGGAUUCAGACGACUUUUGCGAAGCAGAUCUAACCUUGGAUAACGAAGGGAUUGUGAAGGCAGAAUAAAUUGGGUCACCUUGGAUGGGUGAAAGCUAAAGGCAUUAUUGGUCGCAGCAGUAUAACGAUGUCAUGGUGAUUGCUCUGAGAUUCAAUAACAGCUAGACCAGUAUGUCAAC